AAUGUAUUUUUAUCAUUGCGAUAAAAAUAUUAUAUAAACUAGCAAAAUUAGAAUAGAGCGUCCAGUUGCUGAAGAAGUGCGUUGCAAAAGAUGAAGCUUCCACUCUUGUGCCUGUUCCUGGCCCUCACCCUGCAAAACUCCCUCUCAACAACAAUCCGCCACAUCGAAAAGCGCCAAAUUUGCUCCAACGGCGGUUGCAACUCGUGCGAUGGUCGCAGCUGCAACAGCUGCAGCGACAACGUGUGUUGUUCCACCAUAAACUGCAACCAAUGCGUCAGCCGUUGCGCCAACGAAUGCAGCUCAGUGCAGUGCACUAAUAACUGCGUAAAGGGCUGCCAAAGCUCCUGCCAGAACCAACCCCAGUCCUGCAACACGCAAUCGUGUUCUUCGUGCGUCAACAGAUGCUCCAGCCAAUGCUCAACCAACCAGUGCAUCAACAGUUGCGCCAACAACUGUGCAAGUUGCAAGAGUAGUAACAGUAAUAACAACGAAGAUACUUCGAUUAUUGUGGAAAGUCCGCAACCAUCCAGCGUUAUAGUCAAUAACACCAACAACAACUUGGUGAAUUUGACAACGCAGGUUGAUAUUCACAACGUUGUUCAUAAUUUCAACAACAUCACGAUCCCGGUUUACGUCAACACGACCAACAUUAACAACAUCAAUUUGUCGCACAGCGACGAGACCAGGAGUUACACCAAUGGUUCAAGUGGUCGAAUUGAAUAUUAUCCAAUUCCGCAACCAUAUCCACAACCAAUACCACAACCAAUUCCAAUACCUGCGCCCGAACCCUAUGAGAGCAACUGUUGCACAGUUUUACACCCGAGACAGUGCUACAGUGAGCAAGGGGUUGAUAGGUGUUUCAUAAGGAGACACAGGGAGUGCUCAAGUUCUUGCACAAGCCCGGUGGUUACGAUUGAAGAAAGCGAAGGAGCGGCUCAAAAGUGCCAAUUUGUGCGCAAUUGGCCCUACGCCUAUUGUGGGAAUUACCGACGUGGAAAUUGUAACAGUUGUUACAACUGUGGCGACGGUUACAACCCUUCGCAAUGUUUCCAGUCGUCUGGAUGUUCGGAUCAGUGCAGAAGAGGGGCACCACCUUGUAUUGCAGACAAGAGUGGGUUCAGGUGCUACUAAUGUUUUUGUUUGUUUCAACAAAAUCACUGCCUGUAGUGGUAUUAAUUUAAUUUUCUAACGUUUAUAUUUGUUUGUGGCCAUUUGUUGAAUAAAUGUGUCAAGGAAUUCAAA